UCGCUUAUAAGACUCUUAUUUAGAAUAUUUCGAAAUAAAAUUUAAUUAAAAUUGUAUAAGAACAGAUAAUAUUUAUUAUUUGUCACCUUCAAGUAAGUUACUGACGGUCACUGAAAUCGUCGACUGAGGUUUGGUUUAUUCCAGAAGUUAGUAAUCUCCAAUAGUUGUAGAGAGGAAGACGUGUGAAAUUAAAUUGAAAAAUGAGCGAUCAAGAAUCCCACAAUUCAUCUUCAGAAGAUGCAAAGACUCUAGAAAUAAAAAGGCUAAAAAGAGAAUUAAAAAUUCUAAAAAAGCAGAAUGCUGCAAAGCAAAGCGAGAAUACUUCAAGCGAUGAAGAUGACGCCGCCAAAAUAAAAAAGAUCAAUAAGAAGACGUCUCCAAUAAAAAAAACGUCUCCAAUAAAAAGAAAAAAAAAAUUGGAAUUAAUUGAAAAGUUAAACAGAUACGAAGCGGAAAAAGAAGACGCCUUCAAUGAGGUAAAAAUUGUCGGCGCAAAAAUCAUUUAAUUGAAAAAAGAAAUAAGCACACUCUACAAUAAAAAAAAAAAAUCUAUGGGAAAGGGGGACUUAUUUAAAAAAAAAAAUUUCUAAUAUUGAACAUGAACUUUAUUGAAUUAGAAAUUGUAAAUAAAAAUUUUUUGUGCAUUAUUUUAAACAGAAAAAAUUAUAUUUUUUUAUGUAAAGAAAAUUUUUAAAUGAUGGAAAUA